GGUCACUUCGUGACCUCUUGUCUGUGUUUAAUUCAAUAGUAGUAGUUUUGAGCAUUUUGAGGUAUCGUGCAGUCAAUAUCUUGUUUCGAUGAUCAGGCUGUUUUAAUAUCACACAUUUAUUACCGCCAUUAAACUUUCAAAUGUGAGCGAGUUUUAUGUGUUCCGUGGAUUGACUCAAUUUUUCUACUUUUCAAAUCCUAGACAUUCGGGAACGCUGUACCUACUUCAUCAAAACAAGACGCGUUUCAAGGCUAUACACUAACCUACUAAAAACUAAAUGUUAUGUGAUGUGUGAUUCGAUUUUUCCCCAUAAUUGCAAGUUUUAUUUCAAUGCAGAGCAGUCUCGCGUUAAGUGGAAGGAGUCCAUAAAAAGUAUCCUAGUUGUUCAUAAAUUUUGUGAUCUCAAUGUUAUUGAAAGUUUGAAAUCGUUUGUCCACUACGUGCUAAAGAAAUGGGAUCUGGCUAUCUAUUUGGAGUCGAUUACGUUAGAUGAACUGAAGAAUGAUGAUUUAUUCUACCCAAUUAUCCAACAGUACGUAAAUUUGGGUAACGAUGAAUUCAAGCAAGUCACUACUGAACAUGAUGUUUCCAGACUUUGUGAAAAUGCAGCAGAAAGUUCCUCUAAAAUUAAUGAAAAAAGCUCGAUCAGGAUCUUUGAUCAUACUGUGCGAAAUAAAAUUGAUUUAAUUGUUUGUCUUGGUGGUGACGGGACUCUUUUACAAAUUGGAUCGAUGUUCCAGGGGAUCACUCCUCCCGUAAUUGCUUUUCGUCUGGGCACACUUGGAUUUUUGACUCCGUUUCCUUUCAAAAUGUUUAGAACCCAAAUGAAGAGUGUUCUUGAAGGUUCAUCUUAUUGUGUAUUACGAACUCGGCUUUGUUGUCAAGUUAUUCGCAGUAAUGUUAUGAAUCAUAUUGGCAAUAAUAAUCCUGACAUACAGAAUACAUCAACUGCCAGUAAUUGUAGUAGUGAGAAUCAAUCUCAGGCAUCUAACUGUUCUAACGAUAUUAGUUCACGCUCCAGUUCACCAGAUACUGAAUAUCAUUUCCUAAAUGACCUAGUUAUUGAUCGUGGCCUUUCUCCAUUUAUCUGUGAUCUCCUCAUUAAGGUGAAUGGUAGAGAAGUAACUACUGUAGAAGGCGAUGGUCUUAUUAUCAGUACACCUACCGGAAGUACAGCUUAUUCAAUGACAGCUGGUGCUAGUAUGGUACAUCCAUGUGUACCCGCUCUAGUAUUAACACCAAUCAAUUCAUUAGCUUUAAGUUCACGUGCUAUUGUUCUUCCAACAUCUAUAAAAUUAGAAAUCUCUAUUGCCAGUAAAGCUCGUUGUUCAACUGUACACUUUUCUUUUGAUGGACGUUCGCGACACUCAAAUUUAUUGCAUAAGGGUGACGUUAUCCUAGUGAGUGCUUCACCGUUCCCUGUUCCAUGCCUUUGCAGUGAAAAUGAGGUUACAGAUUGGUUUUGUGGAUUAGCACAUUGUCUUAAUUGGAAUCUACGUCGACGUCAAAAUGCAGUGAUCAAUUGUUGUCCCACAGACAAAUAA